GGGAUUUGGAAGUUGAGCCGGCAUCUCCCACAAUUCUCUGAUUCAAUUCCGCCUCACAGGCCAACUCAGCACUGGAGCAGUCCUCUGGCUCGGAGUUUUAGGACGAGCAGCUCGACCACUGAAGGAACCUAAUAAGCUUCGCUCCAACAUGUGGCUUAACCUCGCAGUGCUGGUCCUUGUGGCAUCGGCAGCCUCAGCUGCUACUUCCACUCCUGCAGACAAAGUGCUGAGUAAGCACGCCACGACCCUGGCCGACAAGAGCGCAGACUUGGCAUUCAACCUCUACCAGAACAUGGCAAAAGAGAAAAGUGUGGAGAACAUUGUCAUCUCUCCGGUCGUGGUGGCCUCCUCGCUGGGUCUGGUCGCCCUGGGAGGGAAGGCCUCCACCGCCUCGCAGGUGAAAACCCUUCUGAACGCGUCAACGGUGAAGGACGAGCAGCUGCACGCCGGUCUGGCGGAGCUGCUGACCGAGGUCAGCGACCCCAAGGCGCGCAACGUCACCUGGAAGAUCAGCAACCACCUGUACGGCCCCAGCUCUGUCAAGUUUGCGGAGGAUUUCGUGAAGAGCAGCAAGAAGCACUACAAGUGCAACCACACCAAGAUCAACUUCAAAGACAAGAAGAGCGCGCUGAACUCCAUCAACGAGUGGGCGGCCAAGUCUACUGACGGGAAGCUGCCGGAGGUGACCAAGGAUGUGGAGAAGACGGACGGAGCCAUCAUCAUCAACGCUAUGGUUUUCAAACCCCACUGGGACGAGCAGUUCCAUCAUAAGAUGGUGGACAACCGUGGCUUCAUGGUCUCCAGGAGCUUCACUGUUGCCGUGGAGAUGAUGCACCGCACCGGUGUCUUUGGCUUCUAUGAAGACAAAAGCAACAGUCUGUCCAUUCUGAGCAUGCCACUGGCUCAUAAGAAGUCCACCGUGGUCUUCUUGAUGCCCUCCAGCGUGGAGCCUCUGGAGCGCCUGGAGAAAAUGCUGACUAAGAAGCAGCUGAAGACAUGGAUGGGCAAGCUCAAGCAGAUGGCCGUAGCUGUGUCGCUGCCCAAAGUCAGCAUGGAAGUCAGCCACAAUCUGCAGAAACAUCUGGAGGACCUGGGCUUGACGGAGGCAGUUGACAAAUCCAAAGCUGACUUCUCAAACAUUUCCGGGAAGAAGGAUCUGUAUUUAUCCAGCGUUUUCCACGCCGCGUCUUUCGAGUGGACAACCGACGGGAACGAAAUCGACAUGACCAUCUUCGGGACGGACAAACUCAAAAGCCCUAAACUCUUCUAUGCCGACCACCCGUUCAUCUUCUUGGUGAAGGAUCAGAAGACGAACUCCAUCCUGUUUAUCGGCAGAAUGGUCAGGCCCAAGGGUGAGAAGAUGAGAGACGAGCUAUAAACUCAGCUUUGACCUCGGUGCCUCACCUCUGGUGUCGUCAUAUUCCUCCACUCUGGUGUCUGAAGAAGCGCAAGUGAUGGUUGUUUGAUAACACAGAAAGUACAUUCCCUGCAUUCCGAAACACUGCUGAAUAGAUGUGUUGCAAUGUGUUUGUAAGUCAACAAGACUUUUGAAUUGUCGAGGACUGAAGACUUACAUUAAGUAUGAUUUCCCUGAACCAUGUCUUAAGUGCCAAAAAAAACAUCUUAAUAGUUUUAAGUUAAUGGCCAGAGUCAAAAUAUUGUCUCACCAAACGGCAAAAACAUUUUUUAGGCCUGAUGCAUUGAUAAACAGUGAUCAGCCAUGCAACCCAGCACUCAGAUGUGACGCUCACGAGUUUGAACACAUGUUCUAGAAUAAUAAAGAAAAGGUU